CAAAUAAUCCGACGAAGAAGAAAGCAUAAACAAGAUAUGCGAAACUUCAUGAGGACUGACACUUCGUUUCGAUCUUUUCACUAAGAGGGAUGGGAGUCCUACCAGGGAGAAACAUUUUAUGUAUACUUUUCUUCAUCAUACUCCUGUCAGAGGGACAUUUUCGAUGGGUUGAGGCCCAGCAUUGCGUGUGGUAUGGUGAGUGUGGGCCUUCUGAAAAGGUGCCCACAAAAAAAUAUAACUGCAACUACACUGGUCCUCCCCGCGCGCUGGAGACUGAGGGUUAUGAACUUCUCACGGAGCUUUGUCCUGGAUACGACUAUGGAAACCGAAGCCUCUGCUGUAACACUGACCAGUUGCGCACUCUCAAAGGGAGUCUCCAGCUGCCCCUUCAGUUCCUGUCUCGGUGUCCUGCCUGUUUCUUCAACCUGAUGAACCUCUUCUGUGAGCUGACAUGCAGCCCCCACCAGGGUCAGUUUGUGAAUGCCACCGAGAUCAAUGGGACCAAUGUGAAGGAAGUGCAGUUCUAUAUUGGACAGACAUUUACUAACGCCAUGUACAAUGCCUGCAAGGACGUCCAGGCACCAUCCAGCAAUGUGAAGGCCUUAUCACUGCUGUGUGGGAAGGAUGCAUCUGCCUGCAAUGCCACCAACUGGAUCCAGUAUAUGUUCGAUAUUAACAAUGGACAGACUCCCUUUCCUAUCAUUCCAAUAUUCUCAGAUGUCCCGGUGUCUGGUUACACUCCCAUGAACAACAAGACUUAUGCCUGUACAGAGGGCCUGGAGGACGGUUCAGGUCCGUGCUCCUGUCAGGACUGCGCAAAGGCCUGUGGCCCCAAACCUGUACCUCCCCCUCUCCCCCCUCCCUGGACAAUCCUUGGUGUCGAUGCCAUGACUGUCAUCAUGUGGAUCUCUUAUACUGCCUUCUUGCUUAUCUUUGUCGGAGCUGUCCUGGGGGCUUGGUGUUACAGGAAACGGACCAUCAUGUCUGAGUAUGGCCCCAUAUUGGACAGUAAUAACCCACUGUCUCUCAACAGUGAUAAUCCAGACCAAGUGAAUGCAUCAUGCUGUGAAAAGUUAGGCGAACAAUUCGAGAAUGCUCUGCGGAUCCUCUUCAGCUCCUGGGGUUCCUUCUGUGUGCUGCAUCCCUCUGUGGUCAUACUGGGCAGCCUGAUACUUGUGGUCGCCGCCUCUGGUGGCCUGGUCUACAUGCGCAUCACCACAGACCCCGUUGAGCUGUGGUCGGCUCCCACCAGCCAGGCUCGUCAAGAGAAGGACUACUUUGACAGCCACUUUGGACCCUUCUUUAGAAAUGUGCAGCUCAUCAUAACCACUCCACUCAAUGAAACGUUCAUCUACUCCCCAUACUUUGGAGGAUCUGAUGUGCCAUUUGGAGCCAUACUGGACAAAGACAUCCUGCACCAGGUGCUGGAUCUGCAGCUUGACAUCGAAAGCAUUGUAGCCACAUACGAGGGCGAAAACGUCACCCUGAAGGACAUCUGCUUGGCUCCACUGGCCCCGUAUAAUAGCAACUGUACCAUCUUGAGUGUCCUCAACUACUUUCAGAAUAGCCAUGCUGUGCUGGACCACAGCAUAGGAGAUGAUUUCUUUGUCUACGCUGACUAUCACAGCCACUUCCUCUACUGUGUCAGCGCACCAGCAUCCCUCAAUGACACCACACUCCUCCACGACCCGUGUUUAGGCACCUUUGGUGGCCCUGUCUUUCCAUGGCUGGCCCUCGGGGGUUACGAUGAAACCAACUACAACAAUGCCACUGCGCUAGUGAUCACCUUCCCACUCAACAACUACCUGAACGACUCAGCCCGGCUCGGCAAAGCUCUGGCGUGGGAGAAGGAAUUCAUCAGCUUCAUGAAGAACUUCAAAAACCCCAACCUGACCAUAGCCUUUAGUGCCGAGAGGAGUAUUGAAGAUGAAAUAGACAGAGAGAGCAAAAGUGACAUCAGCACCGUCGUAGUCAGUUAUGCCAUUAUGUUCAUCUACAUCUCCUUGGCCCUCGGUCACAUCCACAGCUUCAGGAGAGUGAUGGUGGACUCAAAGAUUUCUCUGGGUAUAGCAGGUAUCCUGAUUGUGCUUGGCUCUGUCUCCUCCUCACUGGGGAUCUUCAGCUAUUUUGGCGUGCCCCUCACCCUCAUUGUGAUUGAGGUCAUUCCUUUCCUGGUGCUGGCCGUUGGAGUGGACAACAUCUUUAUCAUAGUACAGACAUAUCAGAGGGAUGAGCGGAUACCCCACGAGGAACUUCACCAGCAGAUUGGUCGUGUUCUUGGAGACGUAGCCCCCAGCAUGUUCCUCUCCUCCUUCUCAGAGACAGUGGCCUUCUUUCUGGGAGCCCUGUCCAACAUGCCCGCAGUGAGGACGUUCUCUCUGUUUGCUGGCUUGGCUGUUUUUAUUGAUUUCCUGUUGCAGAUCAGUUGCUUUGUCAGCUUGCUCGGCUUGGACGCCAGACGACAGAAGGGGAAUCGACUUGACAUCUGUUGCUGCGUGAAGCUCUUGGAUGACCAGGAAACAAAGACGGACAGCCUCCUCUUCUGUUUUUUCAAGAAAAUCUUUGCCCCGUUCAUCCUCAAAGAGUGGAUGAGACCGAUCAUAGUGGCGGUGUUUGUAGGAAUCCUCUCCUUCAGUAUUGCUGUGGUGAACAAAGUAGAGAUCGGACUGGACCAGAAACUCUCCAUGCCUGAUGACUCAUACGUGCUAGACUACUUCAAGAACCUGAGCAUGUAUCUCCACACCGGAGCUCCAGUGUACUUUGUGGUAGAGGAUGGUUUGAACUACAGCACUCCAGAGGGCCAGAAUGUUUUGUGUGGAGGAGUGGGCUGCAACAAUGACUCUCUAGUCCAGCAGGUCUACACCGCCUCGCUCAUCAGCAACUACACAACCAUAGCUUUCACGCCGUCCUCUUGGCUCGACGACUACUUUGACUGGGUGAAACCGCAGUCCACCUGCUGUCGAUACUACAACGCCACGGGGGCUUUCUGCAAUGCCUCGGUGGUAGAUCCCUCUUGUCUACACUGUCGGCCUUUGACUCCCAGUGGAAAGCAGCGGCCAGAGGGAGAGGACUUCAUGCGGUUUCUGCCCAUGUUUCUGUCAGACAAUCCAAACGUGAAGUGUGGAAAAGGCGGCCAUGCAGCCUACGCCACAGCAGUCGAUCUGUAUCCUAACAACACGGGGGUGGGAGCCACUUACUUCAUGACUUACCACACCAUCAUGAAAGAAUCCCCAGACUACAUACACGCUUUGAAAAUGGCCCGAAUCCUGGCGGAAAAUAUCAGUCAGGCCGUGGACCACAAGGUGUUUGCCUACAGCGUCUUCUACGUGUUCUACGAGCAGUACCUCACCAUCGUGUACAACACAGCUCUGAACCUGAGCGUGUCGCUGGGGGCCAUAUUUGUGGUGACGACGGUGUUGUUGGGCUUCGAGCUGUGGUCAGCUGUGGUUGUGAGCAUUACCAUCGCCAUGAUCCUGGUCAACAUGUUUGGCGUCAUGUGGCUGUGGAACAUCAGCCUCAACGCAGUGUCCCUUGUGAACCUGGUCAUGUGCUGUGGUAUCUCGGUGGAGUUCUGCAGUCAUAUCGUACGAGCUUUUUCCAUCAGUGUGAAGAAGAACAGAGUGGAGCGGGCUGAGGAGGCCCUGGCUCACAUGGGCAGCUCUGUAUUCAGUGGGAUCACAUUAACAAAGUUCGGAGGCAUCAUAAUCCUGGCACUUUCCAAGUCGCAGAUCUUCCAGGUCUUCUACUUCAGGAUGUACUUGGCCAUAGUCUUGCUCGGGGCCACGCACGGCCUCAUCUUCCUCCCUGUACUGCUCAGUUAUAUCGGUCCCUCAGUGAACAAGGCAAAGGUGUUUGCUGCUAACAAGCGCUACGCUGGUACAGAAAGGGAGCGCCUCCUCAACUACUAGCAGGCUGUUUGAGACCAUGAACAAUGAACUCUUUGUCUGAAAGCGACUGUGUGGGCGUGAGCGCAAGCCGUUUCUGUGAUUACUGACACACUCAUCGUCAUCAUCAUCGCCACUACUAUGCAUGUGUUUAACUCAGGAAUAUACAUGGGAAGAGGAGUGCCAGAGGCCUUGUCCGACUGCAAGCUCAUAGAUUUUCCUCAGAAGACUUUGGACCCCCCGCCAUUCCUCCUCCUCACACUACAGAACAAGCCCGACUGCAGCGUUUGAAACAUGAGUGACAUACGACUGAGACAAAACGCCACUUUGACAAUGUGGAAGUAGGAGAAACACCACCCCCAGCAUCAGUUUACAGACAGACUCUCAGUUUCAUAUGCUAUGAGCGAUUCUGAUUUGGGAAAACUCAAAAGGGUAAAACUGGUCAGUUUUUUCAUGUUUUUUAAAUAUAUACCAAGAAAAAAAUGUGUGAAACGAAAUUAUUUUGAAACGUUUACUUACGUGGGACUUUUGUAGAACUCUUUGAUAUGAUGAAUCAUCUAUUGACUGGAACAUGGCACACAGAUAACAAUAGUGAUAUCAUGGGCCCUCAUAAUACCUGGCAUUAACAUGAAUCACAUCCGGGGGUGUGUCUGCACACUGUAUUGUAAAACAGGCCGGCUAGUGCUACCAUUUUCACCUAGCAAUAAUGCAUCUCCUGUGAGGCAGUAAUGUCUUGACUUCUGCAAACUGGAUUUGAAAUAUUUGAAGUUUAAGUGCUGUCUUUCAGCUCAAAGGAUUGUUAGGCGUGUUUACACCUAUGUUGGGAGAUGAGACGAGGAAUUGAAGCCGCUUUUACUUUUGGGAGUAUACAUAUAAUUCCUCUACAAUUUCUACUUGACUGUGCAUGUUGAUAACCUCAGAGCUGAAACCUCACAGUCAUUGUUUCAUUCAAAAAUCAGAAUACAAAACAAAACAGUGCAAGUACACGUGCACACUAAACACUUAAGUGUUGUUGCUCUCUGAACUGCACCCUGCCUUGACUUUUAUUUCCACAUUGGAAGCUAAUUACACGAUCCGGUGCAACAUUUCAUUUUAGAGCUAAAUAAUGUAUCUUAAAGUGUCCUUUUGAAGUGUUUGCAUGACUAGAUUGUUCGUCCCCUUGGGUGCUUUUACAAAACAAAACAAAAAACCCUGAGGAUACGUGUUGAUGCCAGGUGUAAAGGGCGCCGUAAUGCUAAUAACAGUUUUACACUGAGGUGUAAAUGAGACAUUUUGCAGUUACUGAACAGAACAUUUGUCGCAUUAAGAGACUAAGCUUUACAUUGAAUUGUAAAUAGCUUACACAGGACUCAUUUGAUUUAUUCCUUUGUCAUCUAGAAUACUGUAGAAUAACUGGAUAAUGGUACAGUCAGAGUUUUUCAUUCCACAUUUAAGUUAUUAUUUUUAUUUUGUUAACUAUUAAAAUUUUGUAACCAUGCAUAGCUGUCUUAAAAACCCCUUCUAGUGACGUUGCAAGCAAAGAAAUCACUUUGCUUUCAAGGAAAUCCAAAAAAAGAAGCAGGACAGUGUUCACUUGCAUCACCUGCACCUCAGCAUGUGGUCGAGAUGAUCACUCGCCAGGCGGUGUGCUCCCACUGCUUUCAUUUGAAUCAGGUUGUGACAUCAGUGGAAGAGGAUGUUAACAUUUGUGUAUAAAAAGGAACAGUACCAUUCCUUGUUUUUAGUUUUUCGGUGUGAUUUGUUUCCCACAAUGCAGUAUUUUAUUGUAUUUUUUGGUUGUAAGACAGAAUUAUGUCGAUGGACAACUUAAUCCUGGAUGUGAGAAAUGUUUGACCAACAGACUGACAGAGUUGUAACAUGAAUAACAGAGAAUUGUGCUUGUUAACAGUGCUGUGCAUUGACGUGGACAAAUCAUCCCUGACACUGAAGAAUAUGACUGUGGGAAAAGAGACUAAGCCAAGCAAUGAAGACUUUAGUUUUUAACAAUUUUAACACAUUAAAUGGUUCGCAGAAAAGUGUGCGGUGGAGCCUGGUUCUUCGGCAACACUUAAUGUCAUUCAUUCAUUCAUUCAUUUUCUGUAACAGUUUAUCCUGUUAUUGGGUCGCGGGGGGGCUGGAGCCUAUCCUAGCUGACAGUGGGCGAGAGGCAGGGUACACUCUAGACAGAGCUGACACAGAGACAGACAACCAUUCAUUACUCACACUUAAUAGAUCUGAUCUACUCUUGUGUAGCGAAACACCAAAUGACAUUAAGUCUAACUCUGACCAUGUUCCUCAUUCUAAAGUGAAGUCUUGUUUAUAACUACACUUAUGACACUUAAUAACCCACACAGGUUCCCUAUUCUAGAGUAACCUCCUCUUCACACUUAGCAAAACCAUCAUAGCACACAGCUACUGCAGCGAACAGACCCUGUUUUUAAGUGAUGGGUUAGUCCUUAAAAAUAUUGAGCUCUCUUGAGAUGCAUAUGUGCUAUAAUCACUGGUAGAUGAACAACUAACAGAAAAUUUUAAACAUAUCUUUUGAUGCAGAACAACCACCAUUCCACCCAGCUUGGUUUUGGCAAGGUGCUGGAAACAUCAGUACGUUCAAACUGGUAGGUUCACAUCUGUGAGACACUGCAUAGCUAUAAGUCUGCAGAAAUAUUUUCUACCAGUCCAAACAUAUCUUUUAGAAAUGUGCUGUCUUAUUACUUCAGGACAGGGACUGUUAAAAGGGUGAAGUUUUAGAGUCCUCACAUCACUUGCAGAGAUCCAAGGGGAGAGGAGGUAGCAACACAACUCCACCUAAUGGAGGCUGACGGCGCCCCAGAUUCAAACGUCCAAAAACACAUAAUUGAAACCACAAAAUAUCUCCAUACUGCUCGUCUGUAGUGAUCCAAGUGUCCUGAAGCCCCGACAUAAAAAGUUGGAUCUCCACAAGUGUUGUGAGGACUCACUCUCACUCUCACUAUCCCUUUAAGUGCAGCAGUUGUGUGCCAUAAUGGAUGUGUAAUGGAGUGUAAAAAGGGAGCCACUUUAUAAUAGCGGACCCGUGUGGGGUAAUAAGUGGGUAACAAUUUUUUUGGAAAGUUCACCUACAGAUAGUUUGUAGAAUGUUUUUAACAUUUCAAAUGCUAAUUAGUUGGGAUUCAACGAUUCAGCUGUUUCACUUUGUCUUUUUUCAUUUUUACUUUUUAAACUACAGGCAUAUAAUAAUACACAAAGCUCAGAUCACAACAUGACAUGACAAAAACAGACUCACACAGACCAAGGUGAAUAAAGAAAGGACGUAUAGGAGUUAAUAGGAUCAAAUGAGCAAUUCAAAUGAUUAAGUUAAUAGUACUAGUAAAACAGAGUGUAAUUAUAGUUCCAUUUUUCACUAGAGCAAAUUUUCUCCCAUUCAUGUGAUGUUGUGCUACAUUAAAAUGGUUUGUAGCAAUAUUUUUUGCCAUAAGAAACUGAUAUUGCACCGUAUUUUUUCAGUGAACUUCAUUUCAGUUUCUUUCUUGACUGAGCUUUACAGUAAAUUAAUAUAUUAUAUAUUAUAAUAUAUUAUUAUUAUAAUUGUAUUUAUUAUUUGAGGAGAGUUUUCAUCCAGGACCCCCAAACCAUUGUUUAAAGGUGUUGGUUCAAAACAAAUGUUGAAAGGCCCCCGCCAGCCUCAGAUAUCAGUCCAGAAACCUGCACCAUAAGGACAGUAGAAAAACAAAUGCAACUGGUCUUCCUGCAGAAUCUACAUAGUGAUGAUUUAAAAAAAAAAAAAAAAAAUCAAACAUAUGAAGUUGUUUUAUAGUAGCAAUAAUUUUAUAGAAAAUCUUCAGUUAAAAAAUCUUUGAAAAAUCUGAUUUUUUUUGUAUAUUGCUCUAAAAAUAAUAAUAAUAAUAAUAAUAAUAAUAAU